CCGUCUUUCGGGAGCCGCCGCCAGGCCUUUGGAAACUCCUCGGGAGCCCGAGCUGUCGUUUCCCCACCCCCUCCACUUCCCGUUGCCUCCAAUAAAGGCUGUUGGUGCCGUAGUGGCAGCGUGUCCGCGUCUUUCCUUGCGCCUCCGAUGGCCGCUGCGCUGCGCCGAACCUUCCCGGUGGCGACCCUGGCGGCGGGGGCGCGCCGCACCUCGGCGGGCAGGAAACCCGGCUCCCUGGCCGAUAGCUGUCUAGCCGAUCGCCGCCUCUGGGAUCAGCUACACGCCCACCCCCGUCUGGGUAGCGUCCCCACCUUCGACUGGUUCUUUGGAUUUGAGGAAGCCCAGGGGCUCCUUAUGCCGUUCCUGCAGGAAGCAAAGGCUGCCAGUCCCGCUAGGGUGCUGGACGUGGGCUGUGGCACCUCGAGCCUGUGUACAGGCCUUUACACCAAGUGUCCGCACCCGGUGGACGUGCUGGGGGUGGACUUCUCUCCCGUGGCUGUGGCUCACAUGAACAGCCUCCUGGAGGGUAAUCAAGACCAAAGACCUCUGUGCCCUGGGCACCCAGCCUCCCGCCUCCGCUUCAUGCAGGCUGAUGCCCAGAACCUGGAACCAGUGGCUUCCACAGGCUCCUUCCACCUCAUUCUGGACAAGGGUACCUGGGAUGCUGUUGCCCGGGGUGGUCUGCCUGGAGCUCACCAGCUGCUGUCAGAGUGCCUGAGGGUCCUGAGUCCCCAGGGGACCCUGAUCCAGUUCUCAGAUGAGGAUCCUGAUGUGCGAUUGCCCUGCCUGGAGCAAGCUUCCCAGGGCUGGACUGUCUCCGUGCAGGAGCUGGGCCCUUUCAGGGGUAUCACCUACUUUGCCUACUUGGUUCAAGGAUCUCAUUAAAGACUUUAGGGCAGGCCCUAGAGUUUCUAUUGGAUGGGGACAGAAUGGAAAGAAGCCUUUGCAUGGUGGCUAGAAAAAUAAAGAUAUGAUUUCUGGUAUGUACUUUUACUUAGCUGGGUACAUGCAACAUUAGAAGUAUCUAUGUCCAUUUCACUCAUCUGUAAGGUAAGAAUUAUCCCUGCAGUUUAGGUGAUUAUAUGCCACAAUGAGUGAAAUAUUUAGCAGUGCCAGGCACAAGUUGUGCACUGAAUCGACAAAGGUGCAAGUAGGUACUAACUGCAACUCCUAAAAGCAGCAGGUAGGGGUUCUUAAAUGCCAGCACUGGCUGUGACCCAAUGGCCUAACCUCAGCCUCAUUUUUUCUUUUUUUAAGAUUUAUUUAUUCAUACAAGCGCUGGGUACAGUUAGAAGGACGGGAGGUGAGAGGAUUCACCACCGCCAGAGCUGGGAACAGAACAGGCACACUCCUGAGGGGAGCAGCGGGCAGCAGAUC